AGAGUAGCAGAGAGGUAUUAUUAGCCAAAAACCGAAGCGCGGCACUUGAGACAUCCAGAUGUUGCGUUUGAGGCACCAAGUGAAGUCGGGAGUACAACUUUUUCCACGCUGAAACCAACUUUAAUACAUCGCUUUUCCUGUUUACCAGCAGUAAUGGAAACUGACAGGCUCGAUUAAAGGAAGAGAAGUGAGGCUGUUAGAACACUUUCACGCCCUUUUUACCUGUUUGGACAAAAGGACAACAACAAAGCCUGAAUUUAACUGCGCAGCUUUGACGUUUAAAUCUGAUUGAAAUGUUUGUGUUUCUACGCCGGGUCGGAGUUAAAUAGUCCACCAGGCUGACGCUGUCGCUAAAAUAAACGUUUCAAACUUUAACAUUUAAUAUCUGUCAGCGUGUUUGGGACAAGUGGGCAUCAUGGCUUUUCUUCACUUGCUCCUGUGUGCCGGGGUGUUAUCACUGCCUAUGUGUGGAGCCUUUUUCCGCGGACCCUUACAACCGGAGAUGUCUAACGGCACUUUUCAUCAUUAUUUCGUGCCGGACGGAGACUACGAGGACAACGACGACCCGGAGAAAUGUCAGAUGCUUUUCAAAAUGACCGACGAGCGAAAGUGCGGUCUCGACGAGGACCAGGACGCCGUCAUACGGGAUGAUUUCACUAUCAUCAAGAGGCAGAUAGAGGACUCGGCCAGGGUGCUAGAGGGGAUCGGGAAAAGCAUCUCGUACGACCUGGACGGAGAGGACAGCUACGGGAAAUACCUGCGGAGGGAGACGGCUCAGAUAAGCGAGGCGUUUACAAACUCGGAGAAAUCUCUGCUGGAGCUGGAGGUGAAAUUCAAGCAGAGCCAGGAGAGCGAGCUAAAGGAGGAGCACCGGCUCAACGAAGACUUUCUGAACAUGAUUGUGCACACACGGGACGUCCUGAAGGACACGGUGGACAUUUCUCUGGGACUGAAGGACAAGCACGAGCUCCUGUCUCUGAUCAUCCGCAGCCACGGCACGAGGCUGAGCAGACUGAAGAACGAAUACAUGAAGUUCUGAGAGAAAGUAGUUCCUACACGUCUCAUUACAGUACUUUUAUUAUUAUUAUUAUUAUUAUUAUUAUUAUUUUCGUUAUGGUGGAGUGUGUGACCAUGAGGCAGAGGCAGGAGUUAAGCAAUCUGAGCAGUCAUAUCAGGGAUACAAACUACACUUAAAGGGCCAGUUCAUCUAAAUUAAAUUUAUAAUAUUAAAAUAUAAAUUCAAAUAUAAUACAUUUUCGUGUUUAGCUCUAGAGCAGUGUUUUCCAACUUGGGUUUUCUUCCAAAGGGUCAAAAAGAAACCGUCUGAGGUCACAAGAUGGUUAAGGGUUAGCUUGGUAAAAACUAUUCUCUCAUCUUUGCCGUUUCUUUUUGUAAAAUACUCAACAGUUCACCUUUUGAUUGAUGCUCAAAAGUAUUCAAACUAAACGAUCUGAUCAGUUUUUUUAAGGGAAGUUGCUCACUGCUCACAGCUCAUCAGUCCUACGUGAUCCGUGAGGAGGUUGCAGGUAGCCUACAGUACACUUUGUUUCACUUUAAAGGGUCAGAGACAAAAACGUUUGGGAUCCACUGCUCUAGAGGUAUGUAGCCAUGCACCUAGUUUGGGUUGAAAUUGUCCAGGUUAUGUGAUAAAUAUCCAAAGCUGGAUUACCAAACGGGCAAAGAAGGCAACUGCCCCAAUGCCUGAGACUCCCUGAGAAACAAACAGUGGUCAAUUCGUGGCAGAAAUCUCUGAGGGAUGACAUAAUAAUUAAUUAUUAUUAUAAUUAUUUGGCAUAUAAAACCAAAACUAUCUUUGUUGCUAGGAACUGCUGGUGGUAAAGUAAGAAAACGUGUUGUUUUAAACUUUAAAAAAAAAAAGUCUGUUGGACUGUAUCUGACACCAACAAUUUUUUUUAAAUUUAUAAGACAAUAAGGAGUGGGCAAUAUGGAUAAUAUCCUCUUUCAGAGUAAAUGCAAUUUUAUAUGACGAUAUUGUCAAGCCAAUUAAGAAAUAGUUAAGGAAUAAAAUAACCAGAAAGAAAUGUCUGUUUUUGGCCGACCCAGCAAACUAUAUACCGAACAAAUCAAAGUCCUUUAUCAUAUUGAUGCAAAUAAAAAUCCAAUAUUGCCAUACAGUGGUCCUGCUCAGUGAUUUGCCAUGCACCCAGAGAUAUUAAAGAGCUACCGAGCUAUAAACAGUAUGGCAUAAUCUUUACACAAAUAUCACCUGACUGUGUGAAUUGUCAUAUUGACCACUCCUAGAGACCCAUGGUAAUGGUCAUUACACACCAUACAAACACACAACAAAGUAAAAAAUGUAUGGCAAUAACGUUAGUUAACAUCUGUCCGCCAAUCAAUGUGCCUCUUAUGGCCAUUUUUGGUAAGUGCAUUGAAUUUGACUGUACACAGUCACAGGUUUGUGUGUGCGUGUUAGUGUGGGUGUGCGUAUGUGUAAAAACAACGGCUUCAAACAUGAGUCGGCCAAUUAAAAAAGUGAAAACAGAAACUAUCAGUUUUCAUAACACUAGUACUGUAGUCAGUUUAAGGGUUUUCCAAAACCCAUUCUGUCCUCUGUGACCAAAACAAACGGAGUGAGUAUUGGUAUAAAAUAUAUAAAAAAAUAAUUAAGGAUUAAGUAGAAUUUUGGACACAUUGGACAGCUUAUGUUUUAGUAUCCAUAUUCACUGUAGUGAAUGCUAUGUGUUUGGUUUGAUUUUUGACCCAAAAGUUGGAUAAAUGAGUUUUGGAUAACUCUUCACAUAGGGUUAGGGUUGGGGGGUGGACCUUUUGUUGUCCAGAUGAAUGUUUUUAAGAAUAUAAAAAAAAUGUUUACAUAUUGACACCUAUGUUGUAAUUUUUGCUUUAUAGGCUUUGCACACUUCUUUUACUGUUCUGGUGCUAAAGUUUGUACCAUGGUUUAAAAAGCAAGGCCUUUACUGUGCUGUUAUGCACAGGCAGUAUAAUCUUGGAAAAUGUACAGCGUAUUGUUAGAAGUAAGUAAAUACUGUGAGUGCCAAUAUCUUUAUUACAAAAUACCUUAAUAUGUAUUCAUUGUUUAUAUAAAGUUUUGAAAUAGAGCUGCAUAUGUAUCUAUUCUUGUUUACCUUUUUAAGAUAUGUGGUGAGAUGUAAUACAUUGACAGAUAAGACUGCAGGCAGCACUCAUGGACUUCAAUGUCAAAGACUAAUCUGUGUGACAAUAUUCUUAACAGAUUGUGUGUUGUGUCUUAAAUAAAGCGUUUGUGUUUAAAGUAAAA